CUUUUUGGUAAUUUAGCGGAAAAUUUGGGCAUUUAUUCUAACCAUUUGAACAAAUUUGACGAGAUGCCAUCCAGAAACACUGGAAAAACCUUCCUCUGAUCUGCAAAUCCUCUUCACCGUUUUCGCUGAUUCUGUACAGAACUAAGUUUUUUGUCCUUAAAUUAAACUCUAAUUGUUUCUGUAAAUUAAACCUUCGCUUGGGCUGUUCUAAAUAUGCUGAAAAGAUUGGAAAAAUUGCCCCCUGUAGUGUAGUGUAGCUUAGAGUUUUUGCUGGGUUGCCAUGUUUCAUAUUUGAAUAUAGAUCCAACCCACAAAAUAAUUUAUGCAUUUAAAUCAAUCCAAAGUGUCUCUGUAUCGAGAAUGCUGAUUUCGCUUCAGUAAAUCCCCACAUCUUCUUCUUCUCCUGAGAAAACUGCCCUCUCGUCUGGUUAAAGAGGAAAGAUUUCUUCUUUGUGGAUUUUGUUUGCAUCAGCAAAAAUAAUUUAUUGAAGUGAUUAGGAUGGACAACUCUUUUCCACGGUCGGUGUCGUUGAGGCCUAGUCGAAGGCUGGAAUAUAAUCCUUCAUCCCAUCAAAAAGGUGGGAAAUUUGUACCAGAUUAUUCUUUGAAGAUAACGUGGAAAAUGGGUUUUGUUCGAUUGGUUUUGGUUGCUGGAAUUAUUUGGAUGUUACUAAUUCUCACUGUGUUGCUCUUCCAUAUUUGGUCAUGUCAAUCUUCUGUGGCUUUCUUUUCAGCUUUCUGUAACAAGGAAAGUAGGGUGUUUUUCAUGCUAAACUCUAUGGGUCUUGUGAAACCGCUACACCGCUGCCCUAUUCCGGUGGCUGAUGACCCCGAUACUGUUGUCAUUCCAAAGAGACGAUCACCGGAAAGAUUUGUCCAAAGUUUAUCUUAUGUGACAGAAGACGAAGUGGCAAUAAACGGGUCGCAAUCAGUUCCUCUUUUUGGAGGGCGUGAAACCUGGCAACAAAGGGAAGAAAGCUUCAAAGUAAAGCCUUCAAUGAAGGUGCAUUGUGGAUUUACGAAUAAUAGCGGUGCAGAUAUGGACAAGAAAGACAUCUCCUUUGUCAAGAAGUGUCACUUUGUGGUUGCGUCUGGUAUAUUUGAUGGGUAUGACUUACCAUUGCAACCAUCAAAUAUAAGCGAGCGUUCGCGGAAGCUCUUUUGUUUUUUGAUGGUGGUGGAUGAAGUAUCUUAUAAAUUCAUCAAGGAAAAUGUUACAGUAAGAGAGGAUGAGGCCAAUGGAGAGUGGGUAGGUGUCUGGCGUCUGGUUUUGCUGAAGCAUCCACCUUAUGAUGAGCCGAGGAGGAAUGGAAAGGUUCCGAAGAUAUUAACCCAUCGAUUAUUUCCUCAAGCGCAAUACAGCAUUUGGAUUGAUGGUAAAAUGGAGCUUAUAGUUGAUCCUUUGCUUAUAUUAGAAAGAUAUCUAUGGCGAGGAAAACACACAUUCGCAAUUGCACAACAUAAGCACCAUAAGAGCAUAUAUGAGGAGGCUGAUUCAAACAAAAGGAGGAAACGAUAUGCCCGUCCGUUGAUUGAUCUCCAAAUGAAAAUUUACCGUUACGAGGGGUUGGAGUCAUGGAGUCCCAAGAAAAACAGUAAAAGCGAUGUGCCUGAAGGUGCCAUUAUUAUCCGGGAGCACACAAUGCUGAAUAAUCUGUUUAGCUGCUUAUGGUUUAAUGAAGUUGACCUUCUCACACCAAGAGAUCAGCUGAGCUUUGGGGAGCUGUGUUUGUAUGAAAGGUAUUCCAUGAUUGUCAUUACCAUAGCAGUGAAGGGGAUGAUCUUAAGAAUGAUUACUUUCUCUCCUGUGUUUCCCAGUGGCGAUUUCAGCUAAAAUAGUAAAAGAUGGUAACUGUUUGCAUAUAAGCCUCGUAUCAUUACACAAACCUUCGACUGGAUUCAAGUUCUUAAGAAGAAUUAUUGGGCAUUCUCCUGUGUCAAUAACAGGGAGGAUUUUUUGAAGGAUAUAUCGCCCCCAAAUGCCACAACUUUUCCACCACAAGGGUGUGAUUUUGGAUAGGCAGGAGUAUAGCAAAGCAGGAUCUUAGUGCAUCUCUGGGAACUCAAAUUCUGCAAGUAGUCGCGUGAUUCCAAGAGACCACCCAGUUUCAAGCCUGCAGUGUCUCUAUAUGCUUUACAAAGCUUCCCAUUAACUGUCAAUAAAUCCUUGUACGAUUGUUGGGCAACGAAGAAAUGAGAGCAUAAGACCUCUCACCUUCUUUCGGCCAGACAGUUACACAAGUCUAUCAAUAGCAUCACCUUCAUUUUCUCACACUCCAAACUUUAUCCUUAUUGUUUUCUACAUUAAAACUCUAAUAAAAAAAAUUGACAAGUAUUCUUGAGACAUGUAUACUGUGUGAAAACAUCUUCCCUUAAUCUUAAUACCAAACUCCGGUCC